AUGAUGGCACAUGUUCGCUUUCAAGCACGAACACAAAAAGUAGCGCUUAUCACAGCUGGUAUUGGUGGUGUGGUAACUAUUCUUGUUAUCAUUGUCAUUAUCAUUUGGAUGAUAUCAUAUCGAUUUAAUCGAGUUGAAGACUCAUCGGAACCAGAAAAAUGUCCGGUUGAAGAAAAUACUCAUACCAAUUUCCUGUAUGGACGGGUUCCAAGUGAACAGCCGAGGCCAAUAGGUUAUUAUUAUGAAGAUGAUGAUGAGUAUGAUAUGAAAACGAUGUUUGUGGGUGAAGAAGAAAAGGAAAUGGCGGAAAGGGUUAGACAUGCUCAGGCGCAUAUGUAUACACCAUCGAAUAAUAGGCUUGAUUAA